AUGAUCUGGGACGCUCGUGUGCACAUCGACGAGGACUACGACGCGCUCCCGCUCGGGAAGAAGCUCGAUGGCGUCUCGCUCGCUGCGGUGCGCGCGGAGCGCUUCUCGACCGUGGGUGGAAACCUAAUCGACGAUCCGGACGCUACGAUCCGGCACGACGCGGCACCGCCCCCCGCGGUCGAGCUGCGCGACAACAGGGUCGUAGCCGGCCUCAAGGCGCUGCUUCUAUCCUCCGACAGGUCCAGCAAGGUGUUGUCCGCGCGCGCGCCCCCGCUGCCCGCGCAGGAUUCCACGCGCGCUCUGCAGGCGCCGACGCCCGACGCCAAGGCCUGCGAGGACCUCCUCGAAGCCGUCCGCCGCCUCCUCCCCCGCGUCGUCGACGACGAGGUCACCGAGCAGUUCGGCUGGCCGGUCGCGGGGGAGUAUUGUUUCCGCCUCCACGGCAACGUUCUCGGGUCCGUCACGCGCGCGGGGCACCUCCGCCUGCGCACGGGCAAGGAGCUCACGCCGCACAUGGUCGCCAGCUUGCACGUGCAGAGGUGCAAGGUGGCCGUCACGUCCUGGGCGAGCGACGUUGGUGUGCUGCUAGAUCACUCCCAAAUCGAUUCCAACCGCAAACUGCGCGCCUGGCUCGCGGUCGCCGCGGAGUACGUGUCCAGCCUGCCGACGCAGAAGCCGCCCGUGCUGAGCGCGCUGCGCAUGCGCCGGCUCGGCGUCGGGCGACUGAGGACGCACGGGAACGUCAACGUCUACAGCUGGAGCCGUAAGCGGGCGACGCAGGCGGCGGCGUGCGCGUUUGGCGGCCUCUCUGCGCUGCGGAUGCGGUCGCAGAGGUGGAGCGCGAGGCCCGGCACGGACGCCGGGGACGGCGCGGGCGGCGGCGCUGUCGCGCCGCGGCGCAACCGCAGGAGGAGCGUCGAGUGUUGGUAG